AUGCAGCAGCAGCAGCAGCAGCAGCCUGCCCAGCAUCAGCAACAGCAGCUCCAGCAACAACAACUGCAGCAGCAACAGUUCCAACAACUGCAGCAGCAUCAGCAGCAGCAACAGUCGGUUAACUUUGCCAAGAGCUCCGAGAUGCAGCCUACGCCCAUGGUGCGCUCCACUGCAGAGAUGCAGCCCCUGUUCGGAGGCAGCGGGAACGCCGCAACCGGCGACUGGCCAGUUACUCCUGCUGCCCCAAACCGGCCUGGCGAUGAGGGAAUGGCUGAUGCCAACCAUCGGGCGAAGCCUACUGCUCGGGCGGCCAAUGAAAGCCUGGAGAGCGUUGAGCAGAGAUUUGGUGAAGGCGAUGGAGGGUGGGACUUUAACGAAGCGUCCUUCGUCGAGCCGCCGCAGCCCCAACAGCAGCAGCAACCAGCCCAGCCGAUAUCGAACCGCCCUGAUACCGAUGUCUUUCCCAACGCGGAUAGCAUCCCAAAAUCGCCCAACCGUGGGCCAAACUCUCAUCGCAGGAAAAGCAGCAUGAGCAGGAGGAGAAGCUCUGAGCACGAACUUUCCCUCAACGCGAUUGCGCAGAAGGCUGAGAGCGGCGCCUUCAAGCUCCGGUUUGGGCUAAGGGGUCACCUCAACACGGUGCGGACCAUCAUCUUCUCGGGUGGUGGCAGUCCAGGCGAGCCCGAGAUCUGCACCGCCGGAGACGAUGGACUCAUCAAGAGGUUCCACAUCCCUCGCAUCUCGCACUCGGGCAGCAAUGGCGCCGCCUCAGAUUUGGAUGUGCAGGCCGACUUUACGCAUCGCGGCCACCAGGGCGCCGUCUUGGCGCUUGCUUCUUGGGCACCGUCACCCAACUUCUCGACCGGUGGUAGGGCGCAGGGCGACGGCUGGAUAUUCUCGGGCGGGCAGGACUCCAUGAUCCGUGUGUGGGAGCGAGGCCGGGUCGAUCCCAAGGCAAGCCUGGAUGGCCAUACCGAUGCCGUCUGGUCUCUGUGCGUUCUGCCAACGACGCUCGGCGCCAUAUUCGGAAGUCCAAACCCUUACGGCAACCCGGAUAGGAUCCUGCUGGCAUCGGGCGCCGCCGACGGAACCGUGCGCGUGUGGGCCGUCAGCUCGCCGCCGCAGUUGUCAUCGCCGCAGCCGUCGCUUGCGGGCCGCAGUGGCCGGGGUGGCAGUGGGAGAGUUAGGGGCAACUCCAUGAGCUCCGGCUCGGCGUUCCCGUCCACCCCGCAGCCCUCAAUGGCCACCAACAGCGCUUUUAGCCACACCCUUGUGCACACCAUCUCGCGCGCCGAUGGUAACGGUGGUAACGCAAGCCCAACGUGCAUCACAGCACUCGGCAGCUCGGGCGAGGCUUUUGUGGUCAGCUACUCGGACGCAGCUAUUAUCGUGUAUGACACGCGCACGGGCGAAGAGGUCGGCAGCAUGGCAAGCCUCGAGACCUACGACGGCACGCUCAACACGAGCGUCAACGCCGUUGUCUCCACCACCGUGGGACUGGAUCAGCCUCAAACCAGCGGCAGCGAAGACGAGGCCAACGCAAGCGGACCCACUGGUGGAGGGAGGUCCAUGGCAGGAUCCGGAGUCGAGGGCGUCAUUAUCUCGGGGCACGAGGACCGCUUCGUCCGUUUCUUCGAUGCCAACAGCGGUCAAUGCACGUACAACAUGCUCGCUCACCCGGCGUCCAUCUCGAGCCUGUCGCUCAGCCCCAAUGGCCAGGAACUGGUCAGCGCUGGUCACGAUGCAUCCCUGCGUUUCUGGAGCCUCGAAAAGCGGUCCUGCACCCAGGAGAUCACGAGCCACCGCAUCAUGAGGGGCGAGGGCGUCUGCUCUGUCGUGUGGAGCUCGGACGGCAAGUGGGUCGUCAGCGGCGGCGGCGAUGGCAUUGUCAAGGUCUUUGCCCGGUAGGACGUGACGGACGACAAGGUGCUGCCACUUCGGGCUCGGGACGGGAAUGACGACGACAGCCAUGGUGGAGGCGGGGGCGGUGGCGGUAGCAGAUCUCAUGGUGUCGUCAGGAGUCCAAGCCGCAGCAGCCGUCGCAGCAACAGUCGUGUGCGUGUUCCACGCGUCCAUACGCCGGCCCCCUGCCCUGCCGCCACCACGGACGACGCCAUGGUGCGAGUGGCUCCGGCGAAGGAACAGCACGGCUACCGUGCGAGCAAAUUUGGCGGGGACGGCGAGGAGGAUCUUGACAUCUACGAUGCGUCGGAUGACGAGAAGUCGGAUACCAGCAACAGCAGCGACGUAACAGUCACGCCCGACCCCCCGAAAACCAUAAACGUCUUCGAGGAGCUCCGGCAGCAGCAGUCUCAUCAACCCAGCCGCAGCCGCCUGCUGCAACUCGCCGGAAUCACACUCAAGUCAUCGACAUCAUCGCUGUCGCCGCCUCGGAGGCCCCUCAGCCCGUCUCUUUCCCCGAUCCAUUCGACCACUCGAUCGAGCGGUUUCGAAAGCACCCUUCGUUCCCUCGCGAUAGGGGUGAGCCGCGACCGCACGACUCCUGCUCCAACGAAAAAGAGAAAUGACGAUAAUGAUGAUCCGGCCCAUGACGGGGAUAUCUUUUGAGACGGACGUGCAGGCGCUUCUGGCUUUCCUUGUUUUCUUCGUUUCCUUAUUUUUAUAAGAGCGCGAGCUGGGCCCAUUGGGGCUCUACUCUCUUACCCGAAUACCUCGUCAGAUAUCUUUUUUGAAACCCCGUGCAUAUUCCAUUCUCCCAUCACGCCUCAGGGUAUUCGUGUCCCCCUGUGCCCUUUUUUACCCCUCUGUGUUCCUAUCCCUGUUUUUGGUGUAUCUGGAACUGGGAAGGAUAUCACGCAAAUGGCGUCAAGAAAAAAAGAAGAUACAGAAAGCCUUUCUUUUUUCAUGUUCCAGAGGUGGAUAAGUAGAAAGACGCCCGUGUACCAUAUAAUCAUCCGGUUGUUUCUUCCCUCUUUCGUGUCUUGCACGCGUCAGUACAACCACCCCCUCAGCCCAGACAAGACGGCAUGCAUGAAUGCAAGGUAUGCCACCAGCAUUUUAGAUUAAGCAAGCUUCUCCCUGUCCGGCGCUGGCGCGUUUCUGAAGGUAGCAAAGAUUAUCUGUAAAUUGGUUGACAUGCAGAGCGACGCUGUUCACUACUCGGAGAUCCCCCCUGCACCCAAAAAAAAAAAUUACCACGCUGUCGCCAAGCCAAAUACAAGCCAGCUGGAAGAGAGAUCUGCUCCUUUGCUCAGUUUCGAGAUAUGAACAAAAGAAAAAGGACAUGUGAGAGUAUAAAAACAAACUGCUGGAAAAUUGCAAAAGGACACCUGAAAUAGUAAAGGGGCAA